GAACUCGCAUCUCCACCGUCACCCACAGCACCCAUUCUCAGCUUUUUCAUGUGAAUGCUACGGAAGCCAAAGCGCGAAUCAGCGCCGAGGAGAAGACGCACCUGAAGAAGACACUGUCCACAAUCGAGAAGGAUUCCUUGCGCUAUAGGAGCAGCUUUUGGAAGCCGUGGUUAGAUGAGGAGGGGAAUGUGAUAUGGAGCCCAUCAAGGAUUGCCAUGGCCGAAGUAGUCUUGUCGCAGAUGUUUGAGACCAUCAUGGGCAUUGUCAUUGCCUUCAACAUUGGAGUGAUGGUCGUCGAGACGAACAUGGAUGCCUCCUGCCCCCGAACGGAUGACAUCCGAACCUGCACAGAAGGCAGCUUCAACGUGCAGUGGUUGCAAAUCCUGAACAUCGUCUUGCUUGUCGUCUACUCAGUGGAGUGUGCCGCCCGUGCGUAUGUGGAGCGAGCUAUGUACAUCUGGAACCGGUGGAAUCAAAUCGAUCUGCUGACUGUCAUCCUCGGGUGGGGAGGCAUGUUGCUGGCCUCCGCGGUGAAUUUGAACGUUCUCAGGCUUUUCCGCGUGGUACGCCUGAUGCGGGCAGCUAGGGUGGUGAUCUCUGUCCCGGAGUUCUACAUCCUGGUGAGCGGGCUCAGUCACUCCUUAAAAGCGAUCGUGUUCGGAUCCGUGACUGGGCUUUGGAGUACCAUACUUUAA